AUGGAGAAAUUUUUAGGCAUGGAAGCCAGAGGGGCCCACCUCAAGGCUCUCGCUAGUACAAGUCCCAAAUUCAAAGGGGGUGUCAGUAAAGGCACCAAGAGCCAAAAAGUCCCAAAACUGUACCCAAAAAGGGAUUUUAACAAGAAAAUUCAGAAGGACAGAUGGAGAGGACAGAAGGCCAAGGUGCUGGAAAAUGGAUAUAAGCUGUACUACAUGGGAGAGGACAACAGGACGAAUGGAGUAGGCGUGGUGCUGAGUUCAGAGAUGAAAGAGGGGAUUGUACAGGUGAAACAGGAAGUACGAAAGGUGGGCCGUACAGAAGAGGAAAAAGACGACUUCUGGGAUCUGCUCGGGGGCGUGAUGAUGAAAAUACCGGAUAUGGAGGUGGUGUGUAUCAUGUGGAACCUUAACGGUCACGGGGAAGGGAGUUUUGAUACAGAAGUUAAAGGAAAGUACAGAGUUGGAACACGGAAUGAAGGAGGAGACAGAAUUGUGGCAGUAGUUAACACAUACUUCCAAAAAAAGAUUGACUCGUCGAGCAACCUAUACUAG